AUGGGCAAGCGCCGCGCGGUCAACAAGAUGCUGACCAUGUCGGACGGAUACUGGGGCUUCGUGCACAAGAAGCGCUUCUACCGGUGGCUAUACGCCUCGCUGACGUUCUUCGCCAUCUUUGCCGUGGUCGUGGCCUUCUUUGACGUCGGCGCGGGCACGUCGCACGCUGCCCGCUUCGUGGCCAGCAAGUACACCCAGGGCGAGCUGGACGAGAACCAGCGACUGCUGCAGUGGAUGUAUGUCUUUUACCCGACGCCCUUUGCGUUUUCGUGGUUCCUCGUCUACUUUGCCAAGUUCCUCUUUUGCUGGAAGAUCAAGCGGCUGCGCAAGGCGCGCAACUACAAGUACAACCUCAUGCUGGCGUCGCUCCUUGUGGCUGUGUUCUACGCCGUUGUCUUGAAGUCGGUGCUCAAGAUGACGCUCUACUCGGGUCCGAAGCUGCGAAGUGCGAUCGUCAUUGGACUCUGUGAACUCGGCCUCGUGGGCAUUGAGGUGUUUGACGAACGGAAGCUGCGCAAGGAACGCCACGAGCGAAAGCGGUUGCUCCGGAACCGAUUGGCAGCUGACGACGGGCAGACGCGUGAGCAAGAGGAGCAAAAGUCAGAUGCAUCGCAUGGCCUGACACCGGAUAGACGCUAG